CACACACUUCCCAGCAAUGUUUUCACUCCUUUCCUUGGGUCAUUGCCUGUUCCUCAUACGGUAAGUGGAGCUAAAUUUAAUAAGGUCAUAUGAGCUGGUGUCACUGUUCUCACCUGGUGUGGUUUGAUCAAAUCUUAGACGAUCACUGCUGACACUUUGCUUAGUAGCUUCUGGCCAUGAAGACAACAAGAGAACAGCCUGUUUUUUUGUCAGGUUGCCCUAACAUUGUAUAGCCAAUCCUUCUUUUUUGAAUAAAUGUGCUAGAUAUGUGUUAAACAUGUGAAUUCAUAAUGGGUAAAAAAUGUUAACUCAAAUUUGACACUUGUUUCAAAGAAAAGUUUAAUUUAAGAGGGCAAAUGAUAGACUGCAGUGUGAACUACUUCUUAGUUAUGGAGUUAAGAUCAGAGUGCAAGCUAAUUAUUGACACAAGAACUUUUUUCACAGCAAUCAGCAGCAUGCUAAGAGAUCUGCAUGUGUACUGUAACACUGUAGCUGCUCAGUAAUAUGCUUUUACGUGUUGCUCGUCUCAUUUAAAGGGUCUUCUUAUUUUGGAUGAAGUGCUUUUGGGAUUACAUGUGAAAUUAAUUUACCAGAAACUUCGCAAAAGUAUGGCAAUACAAGUGCAUGUGAGUCAGGCGUUGUAUGUGUGAACAUUAUGUGGUAGGGAGGGGCUGAGUGGGAACACAGUACACAGAGAGAGAUAGGGAAGUCCGACCAGGAUGUCAGAUGGACACUGCAGCACCUCGAAGCUUCAGAUGUUCCUCUCUCCUGGCUGUGAUCGUUCUCUUCCCUCCUCCACCAUCAUGGAUUUCUUGUCUUUCGCAGGAGGAUUUAUGAUAUUGAACAGAGCAGUUGCUCUAAGUGACACCAGCUACUCAUUUCAAGUCGAUUUCUGAAACAAGAUAGACUCCUUCAAUAUGCUGAACCAUCCGUCAACUUUCAUUGGUCAGUGCCUCUUACUCUCCCUCCUGUUGGUGUGUUGUUUGAACAAAGCAGCCUGUUCGCCUGGGGAGGGCAGGAAGACUUGGCAGCAACCCAGGCCGGACCCCAUCAUCAAAGACCAGGCUUUCCUUCAUGACGCUUUCCCUUCAGGAUUCCUUUGGGGUUCGGGGACCUCUGCCUUCCAGACAGAGGGAGCCUGGGAUCAGGAGGGGAAAGGCCCAUCCAUCUGGGACCAUUUCACCCACUCCAAUGUCAGUGCUAAUUUGGCAACCGAUACUGCCAAUGUGGCCAGUGACAGCUACUCUCGCUGGGAAGAAGAUGUGGAGGCACUGGAGUAUCUAGGUGUACGAUCUUACUCUUUCUCUCUCUCAUGGCCCCGACUCUUUCCUGAUGGGAAUGCCAGGGGUCAGCCCAAUGCAGCUGCUGUGGAGCACUACGGCCGCCUAAUAAAGAGGCUUCUGGAAAAGAAAAUCGAGCCGGUUGUCACUCUCUAUCACUGGGACCUGCCACAAGUCCUACAGGAGCGAUAUGGAGGCUGGAAAAAUGACACACUAGUGGGACUGUUUGAGGAGUAUGCUGCAUUUUGUUUCCACACAUUUGGGAACCACGUUAAGUACUGGCUCACAAUGCACAAUCCAUACCUGGUGGCUGUGCAGGGGUAUGGGACAGGUGUGCACGCUCCUGGAGAAACAGGGGGUCCUGCUGGCUCUCUCAUUGUGGCCCACAACCUGAUCAGGGCACACGCGAAAGCAUGGCACACCUACAACACCUUUUUCCGUCCAACUCAGAAGGGUAAGGUAUCCAUUGUUUUGGGAUCCCACUGGGUUGAGCCUCAAAGAGGCCAAGCCACAGCUGCUAAUGUUGAGCUCUGCCAGCAGUCAAUAGAGGCUGUUCUUGGCUGGUUUGCCAACCCCAUUUUUGGUGAUGGGGACUACCCAGUCUCUUUAAAAAUCAAGCAUGGUGCCCUUCUGCCCACGUUCUCUCCUGAGGAGAAGCUCUGGGUGCAGGCAACAGCUGACUUUUUUGCUCUGUCUUUCGGGCCUAACAACCUUCGUCUGGGCCGGGGCCUGGUCCAGUAUGGACAGACGGUGGCCCCAGACCUGAGGCGCGUACUGGGCUGGAUAAAGCUGGAGUAUGGGGACCCAAGGGUGCUGGUGGCUGAGGGAGGCUGGUUUUCUGAAGAAAGUGUGGGAAAGGAGGACACUGUAGCCAUUUACCUUAUGAAGAGAUUUAUCAACCAGGUCCUGCAAGCUAUCAAGUUUGAUGGUGUGCAGGUGUUUGGCUAUUCCGCCUGGUCAUUGGUGGAUGGAUUUGAGUGGAAUUAUGGCUUCACUAUUAGGCGAGGCCUUUUCUACAUUGACUUCAGCCAACCAAACCGAACCAGGAGACCCAAGACCACUGCUCAGUACUAUAGGCGCGUUGUCGCUGACAGUGGUUUCCCCAGAGACGAAACCUCCAGAGAGAUUAAAGGUUUCCCCUGCAAUUUUCACUGGGGUAUGGCUGACUCAACUUUACAGGUCCACUUCUACCCUUUCUCACCACAGUUUACUGACCCCCAUUUGUACAGCUGGAACCUGACAGGAGACGGGUCAUUGCGUCCAGUCCCAGGGGUGAUGUUCCACACCAGCCGGGCCCAGUGCACUGACUACUUGGCUAUUCGCGGUCAUCUUCGCCUGUUUGCAUCCACUGGGGCUUCUCACUACCGCUUCGCCCUAAACUGGUCUCUGAUUUUACCCCAGGGAGACCUCUCUAAUGUGAACACUGAAGCUCUGAGGUACUACCGCUGUGUCCUGACUGAGCUCAAGAAGCUGGACCUGCAGGCUGUCGUCAUCCUCUACUACCCCACACACAGAGCUCCAAAUCUGGGCAUGCCUAAGCCACUGCAUGCUUCUGGUGGUUGGCUCAACUACAGCACAGUGGAGGCCUUUCAGGAAUAUGCAGCACUGUGCUACCAGCAGCUGGGCCCCUGGGUUCCAUACUGGAUCACCAUCAAUGAGCCAAACAGACUGGUAGAUGUUUAUUCCAGUGGGGAAGAGACGCAUCACGCAGCUCAUAACCUUCUUUUGGCUCACGCAAAAGCCUGGAGGCUGUAUGAGAGGGAACACUCUAGUCAACAGAGAGCGCUGGUAUCACUCGCAUUACAUGCCGACUGGGCCGAACCUGCAAACCCCUUCCUUGACUCACAUACGGCAGCAGCACAGAGAUUCCUUUUGUUUGAACUUGGUCGCUUCUUAGACCCAUUGCUGGGGACUAGAUAUGAAGAGAAACAUAACAAGGGGGACUACCCGCAAGAAAUGAAGGCUUACCUAAAGGAGAGAGCUCGAUUAACGGGCCUCCCUGGAUCCCCUCUUCCCAGCUUUACUGAGACUGAGAGGGAGGAGCUCAGAGGGACAUUGAGUUUUAUUGCACUGAACCAUUUCACCACCCGUUUGGUCUCUCCAUAUCCCCACAUGCAGGCUUAUUUUCGGCAGAAACAACCACCUGAUCAUGGCUGUCUGAUCCUUUCUGAUCCCACCUGGCCCUUCUCCAGUCUGAGGCAGGCUCUUGUACCCUGGGGCCUGCGGAAGACCCUAAACUGGGUGAGCCAGAGAUAUGGAGAGGCUCUGCCUAUCAUCAUCACAGCCAUUGGGGUUGAUGACCAGGCUCCUGUUGAGGACAAACUCAGGCAACACUUUCUCAGGAGUUACCUGCAGGAGGCCUUGAAAGCUCGCCAAUUGGAUGGAGUCAACCUGCAGGGCUUCUACAUGUGGAAGCUACAAGAUCGACAUGUACCCCAGUUUGGCCUCUUCACCUCAACCCACCACAAAUCCAAAGCCAAAGCCUCCAUUGGCGUCUACAGAGAAAUCAUCACUUGUGGUGGUUUCCCCGAGGAUAACACCAUGCAGACCUGCAGACUUAGUGUGCUGCACGAACCUUGCUCUGUAUGUGCAUGGAUGUUCAAAAACAAAGCGAUGCUGGUUUUUGGAAGUUGUCUCCUAAUAACAGCUGCUAUGUUUGCAGCACUUGUCAUCUUUGUCACCGUCACCAAGAGAAACCAAAAAAGAGGCAGGGGGAGGGGGAUGAACAGGAUGAGCAGGAGACGAGGAAGGGAAGGAGUCCCUGGAUGCUCAUGUCCACCUGUUAAAUACUGACUGUAAUGUUGCAGACAAACUGUGUGUGGCACACUGUCAGAGCAAUGCUCUAUAAUUGUGUUUGGUCCAGUGAUGAUUGUGUCUGUGUUUGUGAUAAUUUUACCAACAAUUACUUUUGCGGGAAAGUGUCUCCAUUCAUUUUACUGUAAUAACAGGUUAUUAGAUGGAAGGUGAUUGGUUAAAAGAAUUGUAAAAUCUAUUUUGUUAGUUUCUACAGUAAAAUGACCAUAAGAUGGCAACAGAUAUAUUGAAUGCCAAAGACUCACACGUUGUUCUUUUACAAAAAUUGAUAAUUGGUUAUGUGAGCUCUGUGGUUUAUAUAUAUAUAGGAGAAGAAAAUGCUUUACUAAAUUGCUCACCUUACCCAUGAAAAUAUGUCAAUGCCAUGAUUGUAGUAUUGUAAUAAAGACAGUCAGUGAUGAUUAUA